AUGAAGACCUUCAUCUGCUUUGCUCUGGCUUCAGCAGCCAUCCUCGGAGCAGCUGCAGGCGCGCCUGCUUUGGAAUGUCUUCCUACAACCCCUAGUCCAUCGUUCGCUACCAACAACCCUCUCUUGCCGGACCCGUUUGAACUCUUGUCCGGAGCACGCGUUGCCAGCAAGGAGGACUGGUCUUGCCGUCGUAACGAGGUUUCGCAACUUUUCCAACAAUACGAGCUUGGAAUCAAACCCGGUCCCUCUCAAAACCUGCAAUCCGACUUCCAGAGAUAUCAAAAUGACACGGGUGGCAAUCUUACCUUGACUGCAUCGAACGGCGACACGGCAAUAUCUUGGACAGCCACCAUCACUUAUCCAAACUCGACAAAACAUACCGGACCAUAUCCAGCAUUGAUCGCGCUUGAUCUCUUGACAAUCCCCGCGCCCGAUGGAGUCGCAACAAUCACAUUCUUCGUCUCAGAAUUCGCACAACAAGACAAUACGACCUCCCGCGGGAAAGGCCUAUUCUAUGAGCUCUAUCCCGAUAAUUCUCCUCAGGCUGCCGGCGCAUUGAUGGCUUGGUCCUGGGGCGUAUCGCGCAUCAUAGACACUCUCACCAAUAGCAGCGACACCGGCGUUGAUCCAACACGGGUUGGUGUCGUUGGAUGCUCUCGGUGGGGCAAAGGAUCGCUCGUGGCUGGAGCCUUCGACGAAAGGAUUGCCCUAACCAUUGUUCAAGAGUCAGGUUCAGGCGGCGCCGCGUGCUGGAGAUUAUCAGAUGUCGAGAACGUCAGCGUGAACGGCACCGAUACCGUUCAGACAGCUCACGAAAUUGUCACAGAAAACGUCUGGUUCAGUACCGAGUUUGAAGUAUUUGCAAGCGAAGUCGACGGCACCCAGAGACUUCCCUUCGACCACCACAUGCUCGCCGGUCUCGUUGCCCCAAGGGGAUUGUUGGUCAUUGACAAUAUAGGAUAUGAAUGGCUGUCACCAUGGAGUAGCUAUGGGUGUAUGACUGUAGCAAGACAGAUCUACAAAGCUCUCGGAGAUCAGCAAGCAAUGGGUUAUACCGAAGCUGCCAAUCAUACUCACUGUCAGUUUCCCAUUGAGGACCAGGGUGCCGACUUGGAUGCUUUUGUAGGGAAGUACUUGCUGGGUGACCAGAGCCAGACAGAUGUUUUCAGGACCGAGGCCGACUUCGAUUUUGACAUGACGAUGUGGAUCGACUGGGAAACUCCAGAUAUCAGCUAG